AUGGAUGAUAUUGGUUGGAAGAUGUUAGUCUUAGCGAUAUCUCCUCCUUCAACGACUCUCAUAAGACCAUUAAAACAAAAUGGGCAAAACCGGUCACCGGUUUGAAAAAUCGUCUGCUUGAGCCAGAGGAGGCAGAGCAAAACUGGCACCGGAAAAUCAUGGAUCGUCCCAGUAAACCUCUCGCUUUUUGGUUCAGGCUUCUUCGUGGGUCCUCUUCUCGAUGGUCUCCACUGACUCACGUGUUGAUCUCGUUGUUUACCAAAACGGAGCUUUUCAAAUCGGUCCUCUUCAUACAAACAUCUGGGUCCCGUUCUUGCUUGGCUUAUUUUACUGUACAGUAUGUUUACUACAACUCCUCUUGGAUGAUAGAACCUCUAUAAAGCCUCCACGUUGCAACCUGUGACAAAACCAUAAUUUCGCUCUUGUGAGUAUGUAUUGUUGUGUAGAAGUAUAACUAUUUUGGGGACAGUGGAAGUGAAACUCUAUAUGGUUUGGUGAAUGAAACAGAGCACUGGUGUUGUUCUUAGAGCUAAGUUCUGAAAUCUACAAAGCUGGAGUUUCAGACAACAUAGAAGCUUACAUUCUAUUUGCCUUAGCAGAAUUUAUUUGGUUCUCUUUGGAUAAACUUGGAUUGGCUUCACCAUUGCCACUCUCCUUGGUGUCGCCUGUCCUUUAGCCGAAAUCUUCAUAAUGCAAUUCUUCCAUCUGUGGUACUAUAUAUCCAGAAGCAAACAUAGAGAUCUUUGGCCAGGUAAUAAGUGUUUAUACAGACAUAUUCAAACAAAAACAUACACAUGAAUACUCUGUUUCUUUUUGUUUUGUUUUCUGGUGAAGGGAUUGGUUACGUGGACGACAACGUGCUACUUCGUCUACACACAGAACUUGCUACAAUGGCGUCUUCAAAGCAUUGUAGUUUCUGAAUACCAGAUGAUCUGAAAGAAACAGUCAUGUGUAUGCUUUGAAGACGCCAUUGCCCAAGACUUCUUGCAACAAGGGUUUACUUUAUUACUAAUGAUCUGAAACAGAAUGCACAUUGACAUUAUGCUUAGGGAAUCUUCUUGAAUGUCUAUCAUGGUUAUAGUUUGCUCUUCAAAAAAUGUCAAUCUUAGUACUGGUGGGAAUGAUGAUGACACAACAUUCUUGAGUUAAGAAGUUCUCUUUGAUCAGUUGGGUGAAUUUCUAUGGCAUCCCAUCUGAAACAUUAGCGUUCAAUGGUACCUCCAUAACCAGUAGCAUGGCAGAAUGUUCUAUACAACGGCGUAAGUAAGAUCCUUCAUUCCAAAGACAAGGCAUAACACGUUUGAAACAGCUGAUCAUAUCAAAUUAAAAUUCCAAGAUUCUUAGAUAACUAAUACAUGCCAUAAGUACCAUUAAAUCAACUUCUUAGAAUGGAAAUGAAUUUGUAAAAGAAAUGGUACAAGAAAUCUAAAAGAAAAGCCUACUCGCU